CGAUUGGGCAUAUGAAGGAAAAGGGGAUACGAAUCGAAUGCUAAAGCAGUGAACGAAGACGGGAGAUGGAGGCUCUCAAGCUGCUCAAUCCAGAUUUGCUUGAUCGAUCGAUCGCGAAGGAGGAUGUCGUCUCCGGGUGUUUGGCGAGGCCGAAUAAGAGAAGGAUCGAAGCGGCGGGGGAAGAGGCGUACGAGGGUAGCGGCGUUGCUUCCGAUUCUUCGGUCUUUGCAGACCACGAAGAAGUCCGAAGGGAAGAGGAAGCUCGCAGCGACUAAUCAGGGGGGUUUUGUGAGUCGAUUGCUUGCGAAGGCAGUGUUUCGGGGAUGGAUGGGCCGAAGAGAGGGGAAAGCAGCGAAGCGGCUGGGAUUUCGGCAGUGGAGCUCGACGGAAAAGAUGAAUGGUGUGAUGGGCGAAAAGGGUAAGAGAUUCAAGGUGUUUCAGAUUGAUUGUUUGGUGUGGCUGUUCUUGGUUGCUCUUCUCCUGGUUCGAUCGGAAGUAAACACGAAGGAAAUGGGAAAUAGGUUGAUUGAAGGGGAAUGAAGAAGAUGGUGAUCAGAAGAUGUUGGAGUGUUGUUCUCGUUUGAUUUGAUAUUUAUUAUUGAGAAAUUAUAUUUGGUCAAUAAUUAUGUAUUCUAUGUAUGUGUGUAUCUGUGAAUGAAUUUAUUGAUUGGUACGGAUGUCUAUUCUUAAUCGAU